AUGCCUCACGGAGGCCGCGAGCCACCACCAUCACCGCGCUCCUCCGCCAAGCUCAGCAAGGGCAAAGGACGCAUUUUUAAGAACUCCCGACUACCGCCAACGGAUAUAAGGGCGCUGCAGGCAGUCGCGAGACAAUACGCGACAACCACCCCCUCAUCAACCCCGACAGGAAGCACUGUAGGAGCGGGGGAGGAAUUUUUCCCCCCGCCCCCCUCGAUACCCGACACCCCGGCGUCGCCCUCACCGCCGCCGCGCGCGACCCGCCCCGACUGGCCCGCGCCGACUGAUGCCAGCACGACGGCACCGGAACCGAUGGACGUGGGUGUCCCACACCCAUCCACCACCGACCGCGACGCGGGUGCCGUACACCCGGCCACCGCUGGACUUCUCGCGGGUGGCACACAACCACCGUCCGCGAUACCGCGACCGACCGCACGACCGCAUGGGAAUGCGGUACCUACACGGUCUACACCCGCUGCGACCGUCGCCCCCCGCCCCCCUGCCCUCACCCCCGCAACACCUGCCGGCGGGGCGAGGGUAGAAACACGCCCUGCUACGGCUCCGCCACGACAGCAGAAACCGAAGAGGCAACAACAGGGACCACCGGCGGCGCCCACACGCGCCUCGGCGCCCCGAGCUGCGCCCCCGCGCUCCAUGCCCCUGCUCACCACGCCCCCCAACAGCAUUUUGCCGGAGCGUUUCCCGUCCCCGCCGAAGGAGCCGGUGAAGCGACAGGCGAUCUUCACAACCCCGCCUUUCCACCCGCCGCAAAUGCUCCCACCAUUCGCGCCGCCACCGCAAGACACCGCGCCCCCGACGUCGUACGCAGCCGCCACCGCGACCAGUACCGCGGAAGCACGCGCCCCCGCACCCACCACGACGGGCCACGCCGCCACAAGGGAGACAAGCGCCCCCGCCGCCGACAACGCAUGCGCCCCCACACCCGGACCAUCGAGCGCCCCCGCCCCCAAGGCGCGCUACCCGCCACUCAUCGUCGAGAAGCUCCCCGACUGGGUCGAGCACUUCACGGAGCUGAGGAAGCGCCUGGGACAUGCGCCUAACGCGCGCCCCUUUGGAAAGGGAGUGCGUUUCACGCCGCGCUCCGACGCUGAGUAUAGGAGCAUCCAGGCCUACCUGUCGGACCUGGAGAAGACAACGGGGAUCGCCUGGUUCUCCUACUCGCUCCCGGCGGAGCGCAAUGUAAAGGUGGCCAUACGUGGGCUACCCGUCGACACCCCAACGGAUGCCAUACAAGAGGCACUGCGAGCAGCCGGCUUCAACGCGGAAUAUGUCCGCCCAAUCCGUGCGCGCCAGGGACGACCAGGGUGUCUCUACUACGCCCAGGUGGCGCGCACCGACACCACCAUCCCGGGCAUAUACGGGGUAACGGAAUUACUCAGCAUGCCCGGGAUCAAGAUCGAAGCAUGGCGGGGCAAGAAAGGCCCCGCGCAGUGCCACCGCUGCCAGCAGUUCCGGCACUCGUCGCACAACUGCCACCGGCCCAUUGCCUGUGUGCGGUGCGGCGAGUCUCACCCGGCCAGCGAGUGCCCCCGCCCGAGGGAGGAACCACCGACCUGCGCGAACUGCGGAGGCGCACACACGGCGAACAAUUCGUCGUGCCCCGUAUACCGCCGAGAGACGCGCAACCCAAAGGCGGGUACCGUGGCGCGCACCGCCCCCACCACUGCUCCAAAACCCACACCAGCACAAGCACAGCCAGGGGGCGAGAAUAACGCCCCGGGCUCACUGAUGGCCGCAGCAAACGAGCCGGGCGCUAAACCAGGCAGAAAGCGCAGACGCAGGAAGGCGAAACGGGCACUCCCCGCCGCCGCCGCCACCGCCGCCACCACCGCCCCCGCCGCCGCCCACGCCCACACCACUACCAAAACCAGGGCGCCUGCCGCCCCCGCGACCAAGGCGCCGGUCACCGCAGCAACCGGAAGGGCGAAGAGACCAGCAGCGCCGCAACAACCACCACCAAGAUCGCUGCUCUCAAUAAACGACGUCGUCCGCAUCCUGCAGGGGAUCGUGACGGCGCUCAUCCAAAAACAAGACGACCCGGUGCCGCUGCUCCUAGACGCAAUCAAGUCACUGAUUUGCGAUGGACCAGCGGCACCUUAG